GUUGCCUUGUUUAUUGAUAAAUGGACGGUGUUGGGGAAGUACUUAGUAGUGACAUAGCUUUUUUGUGUUCAUUAUAGCAGCUUUAAAGAAUUUUACUUAUAAAAAGGACAUGACAGAACAAAUUUAAGACAACAGCCCUAUACCUUUGCCUUUACCAUUAUUCCCAAAUCCCCCAAAUCACUUACUAUUUUCACCAAAAAUCCCUAGGUGUUGUUGUGCCGCUCACCAGCAGGGUGUUGAUGUUGGAAUUUUUUUGCCAUUGAUGUAGGGUGUUAACAAUUUUUUUUAAAGCUUGAACUUUUUUUUUCCAUUGAUGUAGGGUGUUGGAAUUCACUGUUUAAAGGUUCCCAGUUAUUAAAGCAUGAAUUCACUGUUAAAGCGUCUCAAAAGCUAUGAACUCUUUUUUUUCCAUUGAUGUAGGGUGUUGGAGGUUCAUACUAAGUUACAUGUGAUUUAAGUUUUUAGAAAAAUGGGUAAUUUUUUAGGGUUAGAAUGGAUCCCUCAAAGCAAGAAACAAACCAAAAAAAAGCUUUUAAACCGAUGGCUAGGAAGGAAACCCAAAAUUCCAAUUUGUUGUUUACAAUACCAUGACUCAGCAAAAAGAGGUUUUCAAGCCCAAAACCCCUGGAAAAGUUCACAUGUAUGUCUGCGGUGUCACUUGCUAUGAUUUCAGUCACCUUAGCCAUGCUCGUACUACCGUUUCCUUUGAUGUCCUUUACAGGUGCAUAAUUUGUCUUAAAGAAACCCCUUAUGCUUUUUUCCCCAUUUAUUUUCAAAAUUGGUUGCUGAUUAUUGGAUUGUACAGGUACCUUAAGCAUCUGGGUUAUGAGGUUACUUAUGUCAGGAAUUUUACUGAUGUUGAUGAUAAGAUAAUUCGUCGAGCCAAUGAGACUGGAGAAGAUCCUAUAAGUUUAAGUGAUCAGUACUGUAAAGAAUAUAAUACAAACAUGAGUGAUCUACAGUGCAUUUCUCCAACACAUGAGCCUUUCUCCAACACAUGAGCCACGUGUUUCUGAUCACAUGGAGCAGAUCAAAGAUAUAAUAACUCAAGUUUCCUUCCUAUUUAAUAUGCUAGUUUUAUUUUGUAGAAAUAUGAAUAC